GUGUGACGUAGAGGAAGUGCCGCCCCCAGAGCGAGUAUCUUCAGACAGUUUCAACAGUUCGCUCAAUGAACGCGCCAGCCUCGAUGUCAUUCGGCGGUGGUGACAGAGCACGCUUAAAUUUUGCAGGAUUGUACCACGAUCCGUUCCGUUGCUACACGUUAGAAAAACUGCAUCUCGCCAAAGAACGAGGAAAUAUACGUGUACAUUUACAGAGAGAGGGAAAAAAGUGCUUCAACGUGAACAGACUUGGUCGCUAUUUUCUCUUCCGUCUUUUCUGGGACAUCGAAUGUUAGUGGAAUAAUAAGCUGCAUGCCCUUGACAAAAAAUAAAGCAUUUGCUCGAACUUAUUUGGUCUCGUAACGUGGAAGACAUUGUGGAUGCAGGUUCACCCGCCGUGGCGCACUGGAAUAGAAGCGCAGUGAGUUUCAGGAGUGAAGGCGCGUCCCGUAUUCAAUAAGCGGACAUUCCUCGCGCAGAGCUCGAGACGGUUUUGGAUCUCCGUUUGAAGUUCAACCGCGCGCUGCAGCAAAGACUGUGCGCGCGAGCCAUCGUCCUCACGCGCUGGAAAUGCAGGUUUGGGGUGCAGACAAUUCUUGCUUUAAAGUAAAAAAUAACCUUUUUAGGUUUCAUAUUCAAUGAAUGUAAAACUCCAAGAUAUUAUUUACCUCAAAGUUUGCCAUAUGGUGACAGAAACCACGUCUUAAGAUACACUGAGCGAUGUGACUUUGACAUUUCAUGGAGCUCUUCUCUGUGAGAGACCAUUUUUUUCCCCCGGUCAUUUACGAUGUCCUCUGAAUAACCGACUCUUUCUUGUUUGAACUCGAUUUCAAUUGCGUUCAAUAACGAUGGCCGACGAAAAUCGCUUUGACAGUCGAAAUAUUGUGGAGAAAUACAUAAACCACAAACUUUUAAAGAGGGGGUAUGUGUGGAAAUGUCAGUCUUCUGGAGAGGAAGAUUCCCAUAAUAAAGGAAUAGAGGACUCUUCAAACUCUGACAGGAGGCUUCAGGCUCCGUCGGCCGGAGGGGGCAACAACGAAUGUCUGUUACCCCACCGGGUCACUCGCUCCGACACUCACUUGAGGCUCUAUCGGGCGUUACGUGAGGCUGGGGACGAGAUAGAAAAGAUGUACCAACGGGAAUUUGAGGAGAUGUCCAACCAGAUGGUAUUUACUCCCAAUACAGCGCAGCGCAAUUUCGUGGCUGUGGCCGAGGAGCUGUUCAGGGAUGGAGUGAACUGGGGUCGUAUUGUGGCGUUUUUUGAGUUUGGUGGGACCAUGUGCGUGGAGAGCGUUAACCGGGAGAUGGCGUCCCAGGUAGAUAAUAUUGCACGCUGGAUGACAGACUACCUGAACGGGCCGCUGGAAAACUGGAUCGAGGAAAAUGGUGGUUGGAAUGCCUUCAUGGAGAUGUACGGUCAGCAGAGAGACUCUGUGUUCCACCCCUUGUCGUACCUAACGAAAGUGCUUGGACUGGCGGCACUAGGCUUGGCAGGAGUGACCAUCGGAGCCUUUUUCGCUCAGAAGUGACAGCCCUGUGGGUCUCUCCGCCUAUGUAUCUCUCUUUCUCUGCCUGUCUCUUCUCCAGCUUAUCAAAGCAUCUUUCAGCAGUGCACUGCCCUGCUCUGCCCCUCCAGCCACGGGAGCUGCUCCGCUCACUCUCUCCUUUGCUCUCUAGAGUGAAGAAAAUGCAAAGAAUAAAAGAAUAAAGAAUGAAGACAUGCUUUGAAUAUGAUGCUUGUCACUGCCAUGUACAGUUGCACAGUACACAGAGAUUGACACACAAAACAAAUGCAUACACAUACACUCACACAUACUUCAUAUGGAUGCAAGAAUACAAAAAAGAACAUUGAUUGUCUUAAAGUUUGUUUCUUAUGUACGAUAAACAAGUACAAAAAGAUUUUUAAACUAAAGCUUUUUUGACAUUUUUCUAUCAGGUUUUUUGGCAUUUUGUAGCAUGAAUCAAAAAAACAAAAACAAAAAAACAAGAAAGUUUGCCGGCGUGAAUGUAAAUAAUUUUUCAACUGUCUGCAUGUGUGGAAAAAAAAUACUUUUUCUGCUUGAGUAAUUUUUCUAUUGCAUGAUGGCAUUUUGAACUUGGCCAACUCUGUGUCGAAUCGGGGUGUUUGUUUUUUUUUCUCUUUCUCUCUCUCUACAUUGGAUGGACCUCUUGAGAUCUCCUAUCAAACCAACAGAUGUUGAGAAGUCCUCAUUAGAAAGUUCCUCUUUGAUUUGCUCUGUGUCUUUCUGUGUUUGUCAAGCACAAAGAACUUGCCAAGAACUGAACAGCGGCUUCAAGACAAACGGUCAUCAUGAUGUAAUCUCACCCUGACAUGGGACACAGAGUUGUCUGACCCAGAUCGCCACUCCUGAAUGUAACAACUGGAUUUCUGGAAGUUUGACUCCAUAGAAGCGAAAGCGUUCCCGUUGUAUAUUGGUAUUCAUUUCCUUUUGUUUCUUAUGUUUUUUUGUUGUAUAUUUGUGAUGCAUAUGUUAAAGUCAUAGGGUUAAAGUCAUAGUUCAUCCAAAAAGGAAAAUUCUGUCAUCAUUUACUUACCUUCAUGUAGUUGCAAAUUUGUAUAAAGACUUACAUUUCAGUCUGUUCCUCACAUAAAGCUAUUGACUUCAGAAGGAUUGGACUUUGUGCUGUUUUUGAAGCUUGAAAGCUCUUGCCCCAUUCAUUGUAAUUACAUGGAAAAGAGCAACCAGUACAUUCUUCAACAAAUUUCCUUUUGUGUUCCAUGGAAGAAAGUCAUAUGGGUUUGAAAUGACAUGAGGGUUAGUAAAUAAUGACAGAAUUGUCUUUUUGGGUGAACUAUGCCUUUAAAGUGUAAUUUUGAGGAUAAAUUCCAUUGUUAGAUUACCUAUCCAAAUAAUGGCAACAACAAGUGGGUAUUGUGUGUACAUCUGUAAAUAGAUUGUGUUGAGAGAGCUAGGCUAGCUUGUGUUCUGGGGGAGAUAAAAUGGGCGGGCCGCCAGCUGUGUCCAGUCAGGUGUGGGUGUGUGUAUCUGCAGAUGAAACAGGCAGGUAAGGGUUAUGGCAGCUGGGAACAGAAGUUCAUUCUGCCUGGCAUGAUAGGAAUUCAGGCACUGGAGUUUUGAAAAGACCUAAUACACAACGGACACUGUAAUUCACGUCCCAGGUAUUUUACACUCCUCCCUAGUGGUCGACCGAUAUAUCGCCUAGACCGAUAAAUCGGCCGAUAAUCUGACUUUUGUAAUUAUCGGCAUUGGCCGGAAAUUUUUCCCGUUUGGACGAUUUUGUUCUUGAGAGCGCCAAAAAUCGCCUGCUUGCAUGUGAAGCGACUGAGACAAGAUUUGUUUUGUUGUUACGUGCCAUCGUGUUACUACAAUAAUAGCACUGUGUGCAACACAGUGUCAUUUAAACUGUCCGCAUAUCAGAGACGCGUUUGAGCUCAUAAUGUUAAAGUGCUCAUCUGUUUCAUUCUCCCACUCUCUCUUCUAAACAGGUCCCUGUAACUUUUAACUGUCUUGUCUAAUGAUGAAAAGGCAAAUAUCAAUAAAACUAAUAUCAUAUAUACCAUCUGCAAAUAUGCGCAUAUGUCAUUUAAUAAACCAACCUCACACAACUUCAGCAGAUCCAGCAUCCUGUGGAGCACUCAUUUAUUUACCUCUAAAGCACAUGUUCUAACAGCCGCUCAUCAACAGUUCCCUGUAACUUUUCUAAUGAUAAAAGGCAAAUAUCAAUAAAACUUGUAUUAUAUACCAUUUGCAAAUAUGCAGAUAUCUUGUAAAAAACAGAUGUAAUUCAUGAACCUCAUGAAAAUCCAGUGUUUUCUUCCCGUCGAGCGCUCAUCAAAUAUCUUACUCUGAAGCACGUAUUCUAUCAGCCAGAAUCAAAAACUUCACAAAUCAUGAUGACAAUCCAAGCAGGCAUUCCAGGCCAUUUAAACUGUCAGGAGAUUGCUGGAUCCGCACUAGUGCAAUUUCAAGGCUGCGUCCGAAACCAGGAAAAUGCUGCCUCCGCAGGCCGUAUACAAAUGGUACGAUGAAAAUAAGAUUCUUUUCAAACUGUUCGGAGACCAGUUUCCUUAAGAGUUCCAUUAAUUAAAAACAGCUGUCAGUUAAGCCAUUAACUGAUUAGGCAGCAAGGUAGCAAGUCAGCUGCCUAUGUUUUUGGAUGCAGCCCAAGGUAAAAGCGCUUCUCGUGAGCUAUAAGUAAAUGUCUUAUUCACUAUCACUGUAUGUACAAUUGGUUUGAUUAGAUAUUUUUGAGAAAAUACAACUGCUAACGUGGAAAUGCCAUCCAUGGUUGCUGGACUACUGUGUGUACUGUUAUUUCCUUCUUCCUAAUAUUCUUCAUGGGCAAAUAAAUUACUCAGAUUUGAUGACUAAACAGAAAUCAGAAGAAACUGCUAUCUACCAUUUAAAAUACAAUAUUAUUUUUUAGUUUUGUGUGAAAUUGAGUAAAUAUAUUGCUACAUAAAUGUUUAUAAAUUUUUGUAGCAAUUUUAUGUUUGUUAUUUACUAUAUUAAAUUGUGUGAUAUAUUGGCAUUGUAUUGGCCUAUCGGCCACCCUGCUCUCUGGAUAUCGGCAUCGGCCAUUAAAAAACCCAUAUCGGUCGACCACUACUCCCCGUUGUCCAUGUUAUUUGGCUGGCACUCUUUUGUGCUGUCAAUUUUUUUGGAUGCCCCCACAACCAAAGAAACCUGAUCUGUCUGCUGGAACUUCUGCCCCAGAGAGAGUCUUCUGCCAUCACUCAACCUCUACAGGACAUUCCACUGGGAGGGUUGAUUUCUCAUUCACAGGAAGAUACUGAGACAUCAGCCUGUGCUAAUGUCAUUUAUCUCUCCAAUAAUCAUUAAAAAUUGCUGGUGUAUGUCUCUUGUCAUGCUAAAACCUGAGGCUGAACGACAACCACGGCCAACAGUUUUUAAAUUUCUUCUGUAUUUAGCAAAUAUUGUUUUGAAAGCCUGGAACUCUAGGAACCAUUGCUUAAAGAAAUAUUCCAGGUUCAAUACAAGUUCAGUCGACAGCAUUUGUAGCGUAAUGUUGAUUAUCGACUGAUUACGACUUGUUGCUCCUUUUCUUAAAAAAUAAAUAAAUAGGGGGGCCUGGGUAGCUCAGUGAGUACUGAUGUUGAGUACCAUCCCUGGAGUCGCGAGUUCGAAUCCAGGGUGUGCUGAGUGACUAGAGGCAGGUCUCUUAAGCAAACAAAUUGGCCCGGUUGCUAGGGAGGGUAGAGUCACAUGGGGUAACCUCCUCAUGGUCACGAUUAGUGGUUCUCGCUCUCAGUGGGGCACGUGGUAAGUUGUGCGUGGAUCGUGGAGGGUAGCAUGAGCCUCCACAUGCAGAGUCUCCAAGGUGUCAUGCACAAUGAGCCACGUGAUGUGCGGAUUGACGGUCUCAGAUGCGGAGGCAACUGAGUCUUGUCCUCCGCCACCCAGAUUGAGGUGAGUAAUCAUGCCACCACAAGGACCUACUAAGUAGUGGGAAUUGGGCAUUCCAAAUUGGGAGAAAAGGGGAUAAAAUAAAUAAAUAUUAUAUCAGUGCUUCCAGUAAGGCAUUUACAAUAAAGGUGAAUUAAUCCAUAAAUGUUUCUAAAGUAUAGUCACAAGAUGUAAAAAUUAUGCGUUAACAUGAUUUUAGUGUGAUAAAAUAGUUUACUAGCCUCUUCCAUGUAAAGUUAUUUCCAAUUUCACAACUUCGUUGCCAGGAAGAUGUAACGCCAUAAACCCUAAAAUGACAGUAAAACGACAAUUUAAACAACUUUACAGCUCAAAAAAUUCACGAGUUUUAACAGAAGAGUUAAUGUAAGUGCUUUUCUAAAAUUAUAAGCUUAACAUUUCUGCCUUUAAACCGUCCAAAAAUUGGCCUCAUUGACUUCCAUUGAUUUUUGCCUCAACUUUUGGGAUGGGUUGAUUUUUUUUUUUUUUUUUUGGUUAAGUAUUAUGUCUCAAAUUUUGUCAAUUGAGUUUAACUUGUAUUGAACCCAGAAUAUUCCUUUAAAUCUUGCCCAAAUUAAAUAAUAAUCAAUUGUUAUAGAUGUGCUGUAUCUACAUAUUUCACUCAACAUAGAUGUAAUAUUUAAUUUGGCAUAAAGUAAAAACCUUAAAGGGAUAGUUCACCCCCCCAAAAAUGUCAUCAUUUAAUCACCCUCAUGUUUUUCCAUACCCUUAUUACUUUCUUUCAUCCAUGGAACACAAAAUGAUGACAGAAUUUUCAUUUUCACAGCGCAUGUUUUCUUGAGUUUUUUUGUCAAUGAUAUCCAAAACCAACAGUAGAAUUUGCAUACGAUGGAUUAGCUUUGCCAGAAAUGACGUUAUCUUACCUAUCAGCACAGCUCUCUCAAGCGUUUAUAGCGGUACAGAUUAUACAUUUCCUAUCUACUAUUGUACUUUAUUGCUGCACCCUUUGUGGAGAACUGUAUCCGAAUAUCUAAAGAGAGUUUUGAGGACUCGCACUGUAAGAUCGUUUUACUUUAGCUGCUAAAGAUCUAGCAACGUAAGACCGUUGAGUUUAGCUUCACCCUGUUAAUGCACCAUACGAAGCUGCUCGUGGAUGAACCCAGCGUAAAACUGCCACUGCUGGAGCAGAACUAGUCCAUCCACUCUUUAAGUCUUACCUUCCCUCUGGUUAGAGGCUGAGAAGACUCUAGAUGUAUUAGUUUCAACAGCAUCAAUGCAAAAUUUUUACUUAAAACCAACUUUCGCAUACGGCAUGCAUCAAAUGCCUCUGCACCUUAAAAGAAGCAAUGACACUGAGUGUAAAGCCCGAAACAUACUCAAAGCAAGUACACGAAUACGAUUUUAACUACGCAAGCUCGACUUUGUGCAUCGAUGCAAAAUGUGUCAGAUUGCAAUUCAUAACACAAUGCAAGUAAGCAUUGCAUUCUCAACGUUGCCGCAAGGGGCGCUAUAUCGGACAUUAGUGUGUGAACUGUCUGCUUCUAGAGUGAGUUUCUCUUUCAGCUUACAAGUUAGCAUGGCUGAGCAACAGUUUGAAGAAAAUAUUGAUGAGCAAGUAAGUUAAAGUCAGUAUAUUUAGAGCAACUUACCUUAACAAUAGUACAUCCAGUUUUAUGGCACACAUUUUAAAGGUAACUCUGUCGCCCCCUUAAGUACUGAGGCUUGUUACCGCCACAUUAACGCAAGAACACAAUUAAGUGUUCAUCUGGAAAGUGCGUUGGCCAAGCACUCGAAUCUGCGUUUGUGUAUUUGUGUUAAGUAUGUUUCAGGCCUAAAGAUUCUUUUAUUUGUAUAUGUAAUCAAACAGGCAGUGAUUGUUUGUUGAGAAAAUUUGAUUUGCCAUUUGACUUGUAUUGACUUUGCUGGCAAAAAAGAGAGAAAAGGACUGAGAUGAAAUAGAAUGAAAGAAAAUAUUCCAGCACAUGGAUGCAUGUGUAAAUCAUGCAUUAUUAUAGGGCUCUUAUGUAGUGGUGUGUGUAAACAUUAAAACAAUUCAUAAUGUAAUACUUUUCCUUAUCAGAUGUAACGCGAUGAAGUGGCAAGCGAUACAUCUCUUCCAUGUUAAUUUGAGUUUAAAUUUGAAUCCUAAUGUUGUCGGUCGUUGGUUUUUACUUCUAUGGCAUUGUGCAGAUUAGCUCCGCCCACACUUAAAUCUCAUUGGUUCAAUAUUAAUCAUCAGAUAUGCUCUGAUUUUGUAUUAGUGUACUGUUUUGCAGCAUUUUCGCUUUAUGUGUGGACAGACAAAUUACUUAAUGCUGGAAACACAUAACAUUGUGUCUGGUUAGGACAGUGUAAGAGAGGGAAGUUAAAGUUACGUAGGCUAAUGGGAACCUGGGUCUGGCUUCAGUCUCAAUAUUUUAUUUAACAUAAUUUUUGUAUAUUUAAAAAAAAAAAUAAUAUGUAAAUGAUUAUCCCUUUACAGAAAAAAGAAUUCUGAAUGUAAAAAUAGGAUAGUACACCAGUGACACAUGAUGUAUGUAGCCAUGUGCUCUGAUAAGCUACGCACUCACUUUCAACGUCAGUCAGAGUCUUAUGACUUGUAGCCUACUUCUCCAAAAAAUCUCCAUCUGUCAGUUCAUUUCCCAUUCAUUCAACUGUGUUUUCGUCAUUUGGAUGGAAAGAGGAUGGGCAUUUGAUUCGGCCCACGUUCUGUCUGAU